AUGUUAGAAACUCCUCGUUGCGGUUUUGGAAAUGUGGGCACGUAUACGUCACAGUUUUUGUCAAAAGCCGGUGGGGUGAUCAUUGGAAUACAGGAAUAUAACUGCUCACUGUAUAAUCCAAAUGGAAUCAACAUCAGUGAACUGAUUAAAUACCGGGAUCAACAAAAAACUAUUGAGGGUUUUCCGGGUGCGAAGGCAUUUGAACCUUUUGGUGAUUUGAUUUAUGAAGAGUGUGAUAUUGUGAUACCAGCGGCUUGUGAAAAAGUGAUCAACAAAAAUAAUGCUGGAAGGAUUAAAGCUAAG